AUGUAUCAAUAUAACGGUAGCGUACAAACUGACGCUGCUUUCAGUAGUGAAAUACAAGAAGUUGAUAUGGAAGAUGUCGGCCAGGAUUAUGAUGGAAAGAGUCUUCGAAGUUUGAUAAAUCGAUCAAAGAAAGACGUGGUUGAAGUGCCCCUCAAAAAGACUGAUCAAGUAGUCGAAAUAGAUCUGUCGCAAGUACAUAACGCAGGAGAAAUCUUUGACAUCUUGAAUCAAGAAAAUUCAGAGAUGUUAUAUUACUUAUUAUUUGCGAUAGAAUUCACAAAGAGGGAUCAGGAUGAAGAUGCGAUAGCAAUGGCUGAACAAGGCUUGAACGCACCUGGCAACGAUCAGUCAAAAGUCGCUUUACUUAACCUCUUGGCUAGCUUAUAUAUAAGGAAAGGUCGAACGCUGCCCAGCACUGCAAAAGAUGAAAGAGCAACUUGCUAUGCGCAAGCCACUGAGCGUUAUAACCAGACUUCACAAAUUGACUCCCGCAACCCUAUUACAUGGGUAGGGAAGGGUCUUUUAUAUCUUGCAAGGAAUGACGGUGAUUUGGCUGCGCGUGCGUUCGACAAUGCACUAGAAUUUUCUCCUAAUAAUCUUAUGGCACUGUUUGGCAGAGCUCGCAUAUUGUAUUUGAAAAAGAAUUACAAAGAGGCAUUGAGGACUUACCAACACAUUCUAAAGCUUGCACCCAAAAACACACCAGAUCCACGAGUUGGGAUUGGGUUGUGUUAUAAUAAGCUUAACAUGUAUGGAGAAGCUUAUUACGCUUUUGAGAGAGCUGUUAAAGUUAAUCCAGAUAAUGUAUCUGCACUGAUUCUUCUCGCUACUAUGGACUUUAAUGGAGCGAAGAAUACAGAGAUAUCGGGUGAAGAGCGUUUCGAAAACUUUUCAGAUGGAUUACACAGGUUGAAGCAAGCCCAUAAGAUUAAUCCCAAACAAUCUAUGGCUUUAAAUCUUCUAGCAAAUUACUUCUUUCUUAAACGAGAUCUAGAGACCGCUUUAGAUUUGGCAAGACGAGCAGAAGUCUAUCAUGACUCGCGUCCUAUUUUAGCUGAAUCUCACUAUCAACAAGCACGCGUGUUUCACAUAUUAGAAGAUUGGGAAAAGGCUUUUUAUCACUAUCAACAAGCUGUCAUUGCGUUUGAUGACCAUAUCCCAGCCCAGUUUGGUCUUGGUCAGUGUUGGCUUCAUAGAAAAGAAUACAACUUGGCAAAAGAGAAAUUCGAACGUGUUUUACAGAAAGAUAGAAACGAUAUAGACGCCAGAACUGUACUCUGCGCCCUAAAAACUAUAAACAUGGAUAAAGAUAUAAUACCAGAAGUGCGUAAAGAUCUUGAAGGAAUAAGUGCUCUAAAACAUGAGGAGUUGACAGACCCGACUAUUCACAUUGAAUUAGGUCGACUAUGGGAAGAUCAGAACUUGUAUAAGAGUCGGCGGUCUUUCAUGAAAGCGGCUGAGAUCUACGAACAACGUGGUGAGCUGGUUCCACCUGCUCUCUUAAAUGAGCUUGGUUAUGUUCAAUAUCGCCGUUCUUUUACAACGUCAAGCUCCUCAGUACAGAAACUCCUUAACGAUGCCUUGGAUUGUUUCAAGAAAGCUCUCGAGACUGUACAAUCUCUUCCUGAUUCGGAAAAAAGCCGCCUAAUAACUGGUAUAAUGUACAACAUCGGUUUAACCUACGAACAACUCAACCGAAACGAGGAAGCGAAGGAAGUACACACGGAAAUUGUUCGUAUGAAUCCGGGCUAUAAUAGAGCCCGCCUACGUUUAGGCGUUCUCGAAGAGAAGGAUCGUAACUACCGUAAGGCUGAGGAAAUUUACAAAGAGAUUAUUUCUGAUCUUGAAACCGACACCGAGGCACGCAUACGAUUGGCUACGCUGGCCACGCAACAACAUCAUUAUCGAACAGCCCGACACGGAUUUGAGAAACUCUUGUCUACAUGCGAUAAGCAUAACAUAUAUGCAUUGACAGUUUUGGGAUGUUUUUGGUUAAAUACAGCGAGGGAUAAGAAGGAUGAUUACGACGAAAGAGCACGGGCGUAUCAGAAAGCUUGCGAAUUCUUUCGGAGAAUUUUGCAGCUGGAUGGUUUUAAUUUUUAUGCCGCCAAUGGAGUUGCAGUGGCCAUGGCCGAAACGGGUAGAGUUCAUGAGGCCAAGGACGUGUUUAUUAAAUUGCGAGAACAUGUUGCCUCAUACAGUCCUGAGAUCAAUAUUAAUUUGGCGCAUGCCUGCGUGGAGACUGGAGAAUAUGAACGAGCUGCAAUUACGUACGAGUCGGUCUCAAAGAAGCGAUAUAAACACAAAAACCCAGAGAUACUUCUCUGGAUAGCGCGUGCUCAUUACCUUCGUUCGAAAGAAACUCGCGAUCAUUUUUCAGUGGACUUGGCAUUACGCUGGACAGAGAAGGCACAUCACUUGCAACCGACAAACGUGUUAAUCAUAUACAACAUGGCCAUGUUAGCACAAGUAUACUGCGCGACUAUCACUGAGCGAAAUGUGACCGAACGGUCUUUGAAGCAGUUGAAUAAAGCAGUGGGUCGAGCUAACUGGGCAAAAACUGCUUUCUCAACACUAAUGGGAAUGCCCGAAACAGAAGCCUUCAACGUAACUCGAUAUGAACUCACCAACCGUGAACGCUAUAGUGUCUCAUUAAUACACACGUGCAAAGCAAAGCUUGAUGAGCAGAGAGAAUACGAACGUCUGAAAAUGGAAGCCGCAUUAGAGGGUAAACGAAAAUACGAAGAAUUGCAGAAGAAGAGAGCACAAGCGAUGGCCGAAGAAGAAGCUCGUCGUAAAGCGGAACAAGAAGCAAUAGAGGAGAAUCGCCGCCUGAUGGAGGAACGCGUAAAGAUAUUCCGAUUGGAGGAGAAUAGUGACGAAGAGAAGGAAGAAAAACGGCGUAAGAAGGGAAAGAGAAAAGCUGAUGAGGCAGAUGGAAGUAGUAGAUCGCGCGUGCGUACAGAGUAA